GGACUUUGCAUAUGAUAUGGCGAUGACACGAUAUCAAAUUUAAAAUAGUCAAGAGUUGUCUGUUGUGUGACAGGUGGCGCUGCUAAUAUUAGGUCGUAAGCUGUCUGCAACUUGUGAAGUGGGCCUCAGGAGGAGAGAGAGAUGGAAACUGUGGAAGGAACACGACUUCAUUACGGAGAUUUUAUUGUUAUUGUUGCAUACUUCGCAUUUGUCUUGUUUAUAGGAUUAUGGACCUCUCGACAGAACAGAGGCAGUGCCGGGGGCUACUUCCUUGCAGGCAGGAGUAUGCAUUGGAUACCGGUUGGAGCCUCCCUGUUUGCCAGUAAUAUAGGAAGCAUCCACUUUGUGGGGCUAGCAGGAUCUGGUGCAGCAACAGGAAUAGUCAUUGCCUUGUAUGAACUCAAUGCUUUGUAUAUUCUCAUGUUGCUGGGAUACCUUUUUCUACCUGUGUACAUUGCAUCAGGUGUUUACACUAUGCCGGAGUAUCUGAAGUGUCGCUUUGGAGGACAAAGAAUUCAAAUCUACAUUGCUGUACUGGCGCUCAUUGUAUACAUCUUUACAAAAAUAUCAGCUGACUUGUACGCUGGGGCAAUCUUUAUAGAACAGGCAAUGCACUGGGAUCUCUACUGGUCAAUCUUACUUCUGUUGAGCAUUGCUACAAUAUUCACAAUAACUGGUGGACUUACUGCGGUAAUCUGGACAGACUUCAUACAGACCAUUAUAAUGCUGAUUGGAGCACUGGCACUCAUGGCCAUCAGCUUUGCCAAGGUUGGUGGGUUGAAUGGAGUUGUUGAAAAGUAUCCCCAUGCUAUUGCAAACACCACCAAGUACUCCAACACAACCUGUGGAGUGCCGCGUGAGGACUACAUGCACCUGUUCAGGGACCCUGCGACUGGAGAUCUUCCUUGGCCAGGGAUUGUCGGGAUGUCAAUCAACUCCAUCUGGUACUGGUGUUCUGAUCAGGUGAUAGUUCAGAGAGCACUUGCUGGCAAGACGUAUGACCAUGCUAAAGCUGGAACAGUAUUGUGUGCUUUCAUUAAGAUCCUCCCCCUAUUCCUGCUGGUUUUCCCAGGAAUGAUCUCUAGAAUAUUGUUUCCAGACACUGUUGGCUGUGCUGACCCUGAGGUCUGUAUGUCUGUCUGUGGGAGUGAGUCGGGGUGUAGUAACAUUGCUUACCCUACUCUGGUCAUCAAUCUCAUGCCAGCAGGUGCCCGGGGGAUGAUGCUUGCUGUGAUGAUGGCUGCCCUCAUGUCAUCUCUCACCUCCAUCUUUAACAGCAGCAGUACUAUAUUUGCCAUGGAUAUUUGGACCAGGAUCAGAAAGCAGGCCUCAGAGUUAGAAAUCAUGAUCGUAGGAAGGCUUUUUGUGCUGGUUCUUGUGGUUGUCAGUAUUGUCUGGAUCCCCGUCAUACAGGCCUCCCAGGGGAGUGAACUCUUUGUCUACAUCCAACAAGUCUCAAGCUUUAUGCAGCCUCCUAUUUGCUGUAUAUUCAUAUUGGGUUUAUUCUGGGAGAGAUUAAAUGAAGCAGGAGCUUUCUUUGGGCUUGUGAUUGGUAUGUUGAUUGGGCUGGUUCGUUUUAUUGUGGAGUAUUCGUACACCCUCCCGAACUGUGUGGAGAACCUGCCAGACCCCCGGCCAUCCAUUGUGAAGGACUUCCACUACCUGUACUUCUCCUCAUUCCUGUUUGUGGCCACAGGACUAGUGGCCAUUGGAAUCAGCCUUAUGACAAAACCUAUAGACAGAAGAUGUCUUCAGCGACUGACUUGGUGGACUCGCCACAGUGAGGAGCCCCGUCUGGACAUCGAUGACUGGUUGGCCUCACAGUCCACUGGUUCUGAUGAUAACACCUCGGAUGCAGCAAGCACAGAGAAGGAAAAGGGAGUAGAAAUGGAAAACCUGGCCAAGAGCAAUGGAAAAGCUGAAGAAGCUGGUUUAUCAGAGAAAAUUGCCAACAAGAAAGCUGAGAGUGAACAAGGAGAUGCUCUGGUGACAGCUAACAGCAAUGAGGAUCCAGAGGUCCAGAUAGUAGAGGGCCCAGUGACAGACCACUGGAACAAGUCUCCGAUCUUAAGGGUAGCACUGCCUCGUCGCAUUGUGUACUGGUGCUGUGGGAUAGAGGAGGACAAUAAGACGUCCCUGGCUAGCCACACAGUACAGAGGAAUGAAAUGCUGUCCAUCAAAGAGGAUCCCGUCUGGUCCAAAGUCACCAACUGCUUUGCCAUUUUAUCCAUGGCUGCAACAGUUUUCCUCUUUGUAUUUUUUGGCUAAGGAACACAAGCUUUUUUUUUUUUAUGUCUGCCAGCUGAUGACUGGAAAUCUUCAAAAAAAUUCACCAAAAAAGUUUUUUAUUUACUUUUUAGUCGUUUUUUGUUAUUCCAUGUUAGCUUAUGAUUUAUAAAAGGUCUUUGUUUUGUUAGAAGUACUCCAAAAGAAAGAUUAUAAAAUUUCUUCUUAAUUGAAAAGUUUAUAAUUAAUUGAGUUUAAGAAAUAUUUUUUUAAAAUAAGAUAUUGCUUAAACAAAUAAUUAAUUGAGAGUCAUGUUAUGCAAAGAAAGCAAAAUGAAAAAAUGUUUGAGGCAUCAUUUUAUGGAGAGCUUUGGGAUUAACUUGGGAUUUUUACAUCAGAGUAAAACACAUAUCAAUUGAAAUUCUUAUUUUUGUUAGAUCUCCUUUUAUACACACUUCCACUGUUAUCAUAUAUAUAGACACUUAUUUCAGUUUAUCCAUUCAACUUACAGGGUAAAAAUUUAAAACAUUAAUAGUUGGUGAUAACUUAGAAAAUAGUAUUUAAUAUGCCAUCUUAAAAUUUGUUUGGAAGAAUAAAAACUCCUGUAGAUAAGGAGAGUUGAUCUGAUGAUCGGCAAAUGUAAAAUUCCAAGUACAUGCAUGUGCAGUACCUACCGGUACUUUUUCCUCGUGACAGCCAUUACUAUGUAUAUGGCAUAAAAUGUAAUAUUACAGCUCUAACGGAAUUGUUAUUACAGAGUUUUUUGUAAUUGUCUUUUAAUUAUUUGUGCUAGUUUCAUUGGAUAUUAUGUGUAAUAAUGAGUUAAUUAGCACAUGUCAUGUAAGCCCUUGUUAUUUUCUAGGUUAAUUAAGAUGCCAAUAUUCAUUAAGACUUAAGCGCACAUAUACUUAUAUUGGCCCCAAAACUUUCUUUCUACUUCAAAAAGCUUAUGAAAUAAUACAAAAUGGUUUAUUGAUUAUCUUUAGUAUAUCCCUGAGAAAUUAGGGUUUAUGAAUGCACUAUGCAGCAGUCCUUAUUUUCAUUGUGAGAAAGCCAUAUUUUACAAUACUAAAGAUGAGAUAUGUGCUUCUUGUAUACUUUGAACAAGCCUUUGUGUAUGUGAGAAAACACAUAUUGUACAUCAAAUUGUAUGUGUAAUUGUGCAUACAUAUCUAAGAAUAUAUUUUUUAUACAUGCUUAAAGUUUCUUGCAUCUAGCUGAUGUAUUUCUAUUGUAUGAAGUACAACAUUUUGUGAUAUGGAUAUAUGUUAUAGAUUGUUUCUAUUAAGUGCCAUUCUCCAAUUUUACCUGCAUGCAGUGACAACCUCAAAAGUCAAUUCACACCAGUAAUGUAAUUCAUGUUUACAUUAACCUCUUUAGAAAUAUGAAUAACAUGUAAACUGCAAAAAGUAUUUAAAAACUCUCAAGACUAGAAAUCCUAGCCCAAAUAUUUCUUGAUGCAUGAUCAAGUCUGCGUGAAGGUCAGGUACUGAGCUUUGUUUUCUUUUUGAUUCAUGGUAAUUUAUAAUCCAUAAUCAUUUGACAGUUGCGUUUGUAUUCAGGUGUUAAUUAAAGACCACAGACCACUGUAUUUUGAAAAGACCAAGUAAAACGUUAACAUGCUUAUUGUCAAUCAAUACGUGUUGAUCAAAGGGACUUAAUUCUGUCUUGGUAAUGAUGUGAAUUAUUGUACAUAACCGUUAGAUGUUGCACAAGAAUCAGUUCUCUCAAUACCGGUUUAUUAUCGCCGACUGUGAUUUUUCAAUUGCUGUUACUGGAAGGUGCAGUGCAGAUGCUUUUAAAAUAAUCACAUGAUUAUAUGUAGAGUGAAAUAAUUUUUAUAAAGUGUUUUCUUAUUAUUUUUAAGCCUUGUAAACCCUUAAUUGUGUUGCUUUCUAUAUUUAAUAUGUAUAAAUAUAUAUUGAUACGUAGAAGAAUGUAGUUAAUUAGUAAAUUGAUAAUUAACUUGAACUAGUAGCACUGAUGUAUGAAACACUGAGAGAACUUGUGAUAUUGUCAUGCUUUGUUCAGUGUCAAUCCAAUAAAAAAGUAUAGAAACAACA